AUGAGCUCGACAGGACCUCCAGCAGAAGCGAAGACGGCUCAGAGCGCAGCACUGGCGGAACUUGAGGCUGCGCAGCGGAAGAAGCGUGCGAUCGACAGUACGCUCGCGAACCUCGAGACGUCGAUCUGGGCCUUUGAGGGCAGCUACCUGGACGAGACGGCCGCGAGCGGCGGCAACAUCAUCAAGGGUUUCGACAACUACCUGAAGCCGCCCGCGAACAGCAACAAGAAGAAGAAUGAGGCGACCGAGGCUGACAGGUUGUUCUCGGCCAGCAGCGUCACGUUCCAGCAGGAGUGGACCGAACGCGUCCUCAAGUCGCGUGCAUACGCUCCGUACUCUCGCGACAGCUACGUUCAUAGCCACAGCCACAGCCGCAGAGAAAGGGACCGCGACCGCGACCGCGAGCGUGAGCGCGGCUUCCCCCGCGCGCCGCGCCAGUCCUCAGGCCCCAUCUCCGGUGGUUACGCUGCCUUUGCGAGCUCUCCCCUCGCAACGGUGGUCACGGCCGCAGCGGCGGGCGUGGGGGGCGUCGUGCCCGUCGUCACUGGGGGGAAUAUUGCGGGAGGCGGGCUGGCGGCUGCUGGAGGUUUGGGCGGAGCCAGCGGAGCCGGAGGUGCUGGAGGAGCGGGGACAGGAGCAGUGGGAACGGACACUGGAAGGAUGCUCUCCGCCUCGGCUUCUGCGCCAGCUAUCACGUCUCCGAGUGCGAGUUCGCCAGCCUCGACCUCGCCCGUCGCGGGCUCGCCUGGGGUGAUGGUUCGUCGUAGUUCCGGCCCUACGGCUCUGGUAACGGGGACCUCGGCGGCGGUGCCGGCGAUCGGGGAGGGAUCGAGUGGAGGACUGGGAGCAGGACAGCAGGGACAGCAAGCUCCGCAGAUGCCCGCUCAGCCGAGCGCCGAGGGGGUGGACGAGGCCGCGGCGCUGAUCGAGACGCUGCUCGAGGGGCCGAAGAGGAAGAGGCGCUAUCGUCGGAGCCAGCCGCAGGCGUAG